AUGUUAAUGGUCCGGCUAAGUGAAGCUAUCUGAAUUAACAAAUGACCUACUUCUCCCUAGCAGUUUACUCAUCCAAUUAGCCGCAACUUAUCAACAAUUCGAAAAACCCAACUUUCGGCACCAAAAUCCGAUAAAAGUAAUUUGUUUGCUGUCCAUUGACGCAUUCAGCGACAAUCUUUAUAUUUUCGUUUUUCGGUUAAAUUGAUUUACUUAGAAACUCAUUUGUCUUAUCACAAUCAUAAUCAUUUAUAUCAUUUCCAUCGUUGACGAUAAGGCACAAUGUGCAUUGCGAUCGGUGUCUUCUUUCAAAAUUUAUAUCUUUUGUGGCAUCGUCAUUGUUAAGUUAAUAUUGGGUAACGACACGACUCACAAUUAUUCAUAAACGCUGCGGCAUAUUAGACUGACUUGUAACGUUUUCUUCACAAUAUUGUUAAUGGGAUAGGACGUUCACGAUCGUUCAGCAGUUGCGUGAUUCGGGCGAACAAAGGAAACCACUGAGUCGAAUACAUCAGCCACAACUGACAUCAAUUACGACCAUGAAACCGGAGAAAUUUACUUUAAAAUCUGGCACUAACGAUGACGCCCCUGCACCAGUAAGGGCCUUGAAACGGGAAUUCAACAAUACCUCGGCCAAUAAGGGAAAGAAUCAAUUUCUGAAGGUAAUCAAAGUGAUCAGAGGAAAGAAGGUGCACGCCUUCGAUAGUGACACAUACGGGCAUGGUGCAGAAAAAUGGUACAAAUUGAACAUUGAGUUGGUCAAUGGGAAAUUGUACCAUGCGAAUGGUUCGCACGAUUCAUCGUCAGUGCUGGCGAAACCUGUCGAAAAUUUGAUGAGACAAAUUUACGACAUAAAUUUCACAAAGAAAACCGUAGAGGAACUGAACGUCGACACCGACAAAAUGGGUCUGGACCAGUUCACUUUGGAUCAGAUCAUCGAUGCAAUGAUGGUGAUCGAGCGAAUCUGGCAUCAGAUCAACAGAGGUGAAGCAACAGAACGUUUCAUCGAACUGUCGAGUCGCUAUUACAGUUUGAUUCCAUACAAACGUAAAGCAUCGACUAUUUGCACCUACGAUCAAGUCACAGCCGAGGUGAGAAAUUUGAAAGGUCUGUUCGCCAUCGUACAGUCGUAUCAUUUGGUACGCGACGAAAUUACCAGUAAAUUGUCAAUUGUCGACCGGUAUCAUCGACUGAACACGGAAAUUAUUCCUCUCGCACGCACCGACUAUGAGUUCGUCUUGUUGGAAGAGUAUGCAAAGGUUACCAAUCAUCAAGCGAACAACGAUUACGAGCUGGAAAUCGACGAAAUAUUCAAAGUAUCUCGAAAAGGUGAGGACGAACGCUUCGAACCGUUCAAGAAUUUCUGUCAUCGCUAUCUGCUGUGGCACGGCUCAUUUCUAUCGAAUUUUGUCAGCAUUCUCAGUCAUGGUCUGCGAAUUGCUCCCGCCGAAAUUCCACGGCUUGGCAAAAAGUUUGGCAAGGGAAUCUAUUUCGCCGACAUGAUAUCGAAGUCAACGAAAUUUUGUGUCACCGGUAAAGAUAAUCGAGCUGAUGGAUUGAUGUUGCUCUGUGAAGUGGCGAUUGGUGAUAACGACGAAUGUGUCGAGACGGUACACAACAGCAAACCGAAUUUACUGUACGAAUUACCGGAGAACAAACACUCAGUUAAGCGAAUAGGAAAAAUUUAUCCGCAUCCAGACGGUCAUUGCACACUACAGGAUGGAGUCAUUGUGCCGAAAGGACGACCAGUUGUUACCGACAAUAACGAUUUGAGUUUGAGCUACAACGAGUACGUUGUUUAUAAUGAGGCGCAAGUGAGGAUGCGAUAUCUCUUAAAACUGAACUUUAAAUGCAUAAGAUGAAUGAUCGGUUGGAUUACCUGUGUUUCUGUUCGCAUAAAAUGUCCUUUUCGUGGAAAUAAACGAGAAAACA